UAUUUUCUGAAGUACAAACUGACUUGACAUGAGUGCCCAGCAGAUGCUUGCUGUCCUACAGGACCUAGGCUAUCCCAAGGCCAGUAAACUGGACCCCAAGGGCCUAGAGUGGAUGUUUGAAAAUGAUGCAAUGCUGCCGUUUUUGGAAUGGUUUUGCAACAGCAUCAGUGCUGCUAAUGUUCUCACCAAGGAAGAAAUGGAACAGUUCCAUUCAUUAGAGAGUUCCAAGGAAAGUGUUUUGGAAGGUGAACAACUAGAACAGGCAUUGAAAAACCUGAAGGUUUCUCAGAAUGAACAAGUAACUGUGGCACAGCUAGAACAGGAAGUAGAGCAGUUAACAGAGAAUUUGGAAAGGUGCAGAACAAGAAAACAAAGUUUGAUACAAAAGAGAAACAAACUAAGUCUUCAUCAUACAUCGCUGAGUCACAGACAAUCAAAGCUUUCCCAGACAGAAGCUAGAGUCAAAUCACAGUACAAGAGAAGUUUGGAGCAAAACAAAACAGAUAAUGCUGCAGUGAACUCUAGUUUGGAGCACCUGGUUGAACGUGUGGGACAGCUGAGUGAAAUUUAUGAGUUACCUGUCCAGGAGAAAAGUAAGGAGGGUGUGCCAAUGUUCCUGUCUCAACUGGCACUGGAAGAGUACUAUCAGAAAGAAGAAAAAUUCUCACAAGAGUUAUCCCUCUUUACAAAGAAGAAAUUUUUUGAGGGCAUAGCUGAUGUAGCUGGCCAAAGUGAGGGCUCAAGAUAUGAAAUAUUGGAAAUCAGUGAUCCCAAUUUGUCCUUGAUCAGAGGUGUAGGUCAAGAGGUCAACAUUAGCCAGUGCAAAGAAUUGUCCAGAAUAAAAAAGAGUUAUCCUGCUGCUAAGUUGAAACAUAUUGAAGCAAAGAUCGCGAGUGUCCAGUCAGAGCGACGUCUAGAAACAGCCGAGGAUAUUUUGAGGAUGGUUCAGGCUGGAGAGUUCUCCAAGGACUGUAACUCCAUAAAUAAACAUUUAAGUGAUGCUGACUCUUCAUUACAAAUGGUACAAAGAGAACUGGAAACUUUAUCUGGAGAUGAGAUCCCUGGAUUAAUUCAGGACAGCAUGACCUCCCAGGUGUCACACAUUCUGACAGGGGACUACAACCUUAAACUGGCUAGACAGGAUUACUUCAUCUCAAAUCAGGACCAGGUUAUACAUCCUUUAGUGCAACAGAGAGCUAGGAAUGAAUUUCUAACCAUGGCAUUUGAACUUGAGAACCGUAACCAUCGAGACAUACACCGUCUGCUGGUGGCCAUUAAGCAGCUAUUACAGAACCAUUUAAAAGGAUGGCAGGCCAGGAUGAAAAUGAUGGAGGAUCCUUUGUUGACAACAGCCAAAUAUAAAAGAAGCACAAUAGACUCCAGGGACACUUUUGCCAAAAGAUUACAUCAAGUCUUGGAAGUAGAAAAUACAGAGCAUAUCUUUCUUACCUAUGCAAGUUUAGAAAAUGGGGCAGAAAAGCUGAAACAUUCCUAUUCAGUAAGCUGUAACCAUGCAGAGACAGUCAGGGGCAGCAAGGAAGAAUUACUGGAUGUUUUGGAACAAAACAUGCAAUCCUGUGAGGAAAUGAUAUACUCAAGGUCCAGUACAACACAUGGUCAGCCAUCUCUGACUCCACCUCAGCUCCAGUCAACCAUGACUCAACUAGAGGGAAUGCUGGGAAGGCUGGAAUCUGCCAUCAAAGACACAGUCCGAAAUUUGGAACAGAAGAAACAGAUUUUGAAGAGUGAUCCUCUGUUAUACAAGGAGAGAAAACUGUUCAUUUACUUCUUCACCAACCCUGCCUGCUUAAGACAGUUAUUUGAUGAAAUGUCAUCUCGACUACAGGCACAAAAAUUACACUGAUAUGAAAUUUACUUACGUUUCUUUUUAUUUAAUAAAACUUCAUACAACUAGAUUUUCUCAGGAUACAUAUUUCUGGAACUGUUACACAAUAAUUUUUAGCUUACCUGAGCUGAAAGCUCAAGUAAGCUUUUCUGACCACAUUUUGUUUGCAGUCCAUGUGUCUGUAUAGCUGUCUGGCUCUCUGUAAACUUUUCACAUUUUUCUAUGCUUCUCCUGAACCAAAGGGCCAAUUUCAACCAAACUUGCCAUAAAGCAUUCUUGGGUGAAGGGGAUUCACAUUUGUUCGAAUGAAGGGCAAUGCCCUCUUUCAAGGGGAGAUAAUUUAGAAAUUGUGAAACUUUGGUGGUAUCCUUUAAAAUCUUCUCAAGAACCAUUGUGCCAAAAAAGUUGAAACUAUUGAGACUGCUUCUUUACAUAGUGUAGAUUCAAGUUUGUUCAAAUGAUGACCCCCGGGGGUAGGGUGGGGCCACAAUUGGGCAUCAAAGUUUUACAUAGGAUUAUAUAGGAAAAAAUCUUUGAAAAUCUUUUGUUUAAGAAUAGCAAAGCCAUGCUUAGUCAUAUUGAUAUGGAAGCAU